UUAUGUAUUAUCUGUGGCCGCACGUCAUCUGCUGUUUGUUUUUAAAAAUAUUUUAAAUUUGAAUUUCAACGGCCUCAUCAGUUUACUGUGGUUUCAAUUUUGUCGUUUAUAAAUAAAUUGUCUUCUUUCCUUGUUUUUCAUUUAAUUUUAUGUAAUAAGUGUGUAAACAAUCUGUAAAAUAUGUUACCCUCAAGAUAUAUUCCGCCACAGACGUCCAGCAUGAGGAAAUCGAGACUGGAGGGCAAACCAUCUAUGCUGCCUAAGCCUCGCCGGCCAGGGUCCACCGACCGUCUCUCCACAGAGGCUCGCAGACCUAGCGCUGCCGGACAUCGUUCGAGCAGCGCCGAGCCUCCUCGCGGAACAUUCAGCCGUCUCAGCCGCGAAGCUUCGUCCACUAACUUGCCGAUCAAUGGGAGGUCUCGUUCCCAACAAGCAGAGAGGUUCGGCCAGUCAUGCAUGACACCGCUGCAGUCCCGCUCCAGCCAGUACUCCAGGACCACUACUACUCCUGUGAGAACACCAUCUCAAGACCGCUCCAACCGCACCUGGCAAACCUCAUUGGAAAGAGCUUUAGCUUUUGUCACUGUUAAGGAUCAAAGACCAAUAUCAAACGUGGCCUGGCAGCGGUCGGAGUGCGCGCGCGUGCAGGAGGCGCUCGCGAGCCGGGCCGGGGGCGCCGGCGCGGGCGGCAUGGCGCUCAUUCGCCCGCUCACCAUCGCGCGGUUUGUCGACAUCACCGGGGCUCUGCUGACCUCACUUAUUAAGGAUGCUAAGCUGAACACGGACAAUUAUGUGGCUAAGUUACCGCAUCUCUCUAAACGGCUGCUGUAUCCAGGGACUGUUUCCAAAUCUUGGCUGAAGACUGUCAACACGCUGCACGCGUUCCCGCAGGCCUUGGCGCUCAUCUCGUACUUGCUCGACCUUAUCAACCUUGUUGAGCUGCCGGUAUUGGACGAGUGGCUGUACCUAGACAAGGACGAGUUGGCGCGACUACGACGAGACUAUAUUUACAAAUGCUGGAUUAGGUUUCAAGACCCUGAGUAUCAGUUUGAGGACCUUGAUGAAGAGUAUCUGCAUAAUUUGAAGAUAUUGCUUGGCAAUGAUGAACAGAAGAUUUUGGACUUGCAAAAGAUUAUACAGAAAUACGAGGCCUGUUUAGAGGACGAGGUGGAGGCGGCGGCGCGUGCGCAUGAGGCGCGGCUGGUGCAGCGCCGGGACGACCUGCUGCAGGCUCUCCGGUCACAAAAGGCGGCACGGACCAGAGACCGCGCGCAAUAUGACGCGCUGCAGGCACAAGCUAAACAACACCAGAAUGAGAUGCACCAGAUUGAUGUCGAUAUAGAGCGAGCUAGCGCGGAGUGCCAGCAGCUGAAGCGCGAAGUAGAGACGCAGGAGAUGUCGAUGUCGGAGCGCACGCGCCUGCUGGACGAGGUCGACUACUCCAGCCGGGUGCGAGACUCUAAACGGGCACUUGCGGAGCAGAUAGCUAAGAUGGUUCUAAGCAAGGAGACAGAACUAGCGCAGUGGCAGAAAAAGGCCCUGGACACGUGCGUCGAGUACAAACAGGGGCUGAUACACCUCUCUGCACAGUUUCCUGAUUUGGCGUCGCUUGCUAUUGAUGAAAACGAGUUGAUGGAGUCUCACUGCGCGUCGCGCGUGUGCGGCGCCGUGGACGCGCUGCGGGCGCGCGCGGCGGCGCUGGGCUCGGCGCGCGCCGGACACGCGCGCACUCGCGCCGCGCUGCACCGGAGACGCACCGCGCUACUGGAGGAAACCCGCACGAAGAUAUGCGAACUUAAAACAUCAGUAAACCGCGAACAACAGUCACUCGACUCUGAAUUAGCCAAAGAGUCCUCAGAGGCACUAUCAUGGUCUACAGAACUUCAGCAGUUGACGUCUAGGUUGGAUGAACUGAGGGUCCAGCAGGAUGAAUAUGUUAAGGUCCAGAGGGAGUUGGACUUUUGGGAGAAACAGAACACUGAAUGGCUGGAGAAACUAACACAGCUUCAAAAAUACAUAGAGAGCAAGCAGGAAGAGGCGCAGCGUCUGCUCCGGACUGCGCGCGAGAAGAGAGUCGCGCUCGUGCGAGACAAACUGCGCGAGUGGAACGCACUGCUGCAGAAUUGAAUCACGAUUGAGAUGUAUACAGGGGUUGCUAAAAAGAUGCACAAAUUUAAGGAUUAUGUAGAGUGAUGAAGUAAUAAAAUAACAAAAGUAAAAGUUUAAUUUCUAGAAACAGUUGUUAAAUAUCUUGAACUAACAUUGUAAUACUGUUAACUUUAAUUUUUGUGUAAUCAUGUAUAGGUAGUUCUUAGACGAACAAUUCUGUUCGCAUAUGUAAUUUAACAUUUGAACCCUGUUUUCUAUAACACCAUGUAUAAAA